CUUGAAAACUGCCGUGGACCUCCGAGUUCACGAACACGUCCCCCCACAUGGGACCGUCGACGGCCAGCAAUUGGCCAAGGCCGUCGGUGCCGACGAGAAACUGCUCCGGCGAAUCAUGAGAAUGCUGGUGAACAAGAGCAUCUUUGCCGAGCCGGAACCCGGCUUCUACGCCCACACCCCGGUGUCCCGGGUCAUUGGUCUGCCAAACAUGACGGAUCUUCUCAGUCAUAGGUUAGAGGAUGGGUUCCGCGCGGCAAGCCGACACGCGGAGGCGCUGGCGAGGUUGCACUAUCGGGACCCCACCGCAGAGGACAUUCUGGGCUUUCAACUGGCCUUCUCGACUCCCCGGAACUAUUGGGACUAUGUGGAGCAGGACGACCCGGAGUGCGGGCAGCGGUUCUCCAAGGCCAUGCGAGCCGUGACCGUGAACAAGCUGGGUGAUCUUCCCAAGCUGUACCCGUUUGACCAGCUGGUGGACGACGGUGGAUUGAUUGUCGAUGUCGGGGGCGGCAUGGGGCAGGUUGCCCAGAGCAUUCUCGCUCACUGGUCUGGACUUGGGCUGAAGUGUAUCGUGCAAGACAAGUUUGCGAUUAGAAGGGAAGGUAGUACGCAUCCCAGCUUGGAGAUGCAGACGUACGACUUCUUCGGCCCACAGCCGGUGCAAGGAGCUGCGGCGUAUCUCUUCCGUCAUAUAUUUCACGAUUGGCCGGACGAUGCCUGCAUCAAGAUCUUGCGGAACACCGUGGAGGCAUUGAACCCCCAUCGGAGCCGGAUCCUGAUCUGCGAUCAAAUCAUGGAGGAAAAGAACCCGUCCACCGCGGCCGUGCUGUACGACAUCGACAUGAUGUGUUUGUAUGGCGGCAAAGAGCGGACCUUGUCCGAAUGGGAGGCAUUGCUGAAGGCUGCAAAUCCUAUGCUGGAGAUCAAGAAUGUAUUCCGGAGCCCGAACCAGGUCUCGGGGAUUCUUGACGUGCGACUCUGCGGCGCUUGAUCGGCGCGUACUCAAAGGCAAUUACUGAUUGGAGGGCAUGCUGAGGGUAAACCAAGCGAGCCGGGAACAUGCCAAUCGGUUCAUAGGGAGUCAAAUAUCUCGGUUUCUGCAGUGCUUACUGUCUGUUAAUCGGAGCGGCGACGCCUAGAAUAGGUACAGUCCUCGCCUAGGUCCAUCUGUUGGUUAGAAGACCUGGGUGGGGGGGGGGU